AUGAAAGUGUUUGAAAGCUUCAUGGGAACGAUUGUAGUAAUCGUUGCUAGCUGUCACCUUGGAAAGAGAGGAGUAGCUUCUUGGAGCCUGUCUCGAUUUUCACCUCAAAUACUCGCUCCUUUCUCUUCAUCAUCAGCUGCUAACCCUAGAUUUUCGAAUUUCUCUACCGAUGAAGACGAAUUCGACGAAACUGAUGGCAGCGCAGUUUACCGACACACUCUCUUAACCCAGCGGCCUUCUACCGUAGAAUGGACACCGAAUUUGGUGAAUUCGAUUAGUUUUAUCGGUACAGUGGAUCGGUGCCCGAUAAUUUACAGAAAUGUAGGCGGUAACUUUGGUUGUUACACUAUGCUCUAUGCAAGAAAUCCACAUGAUUCGAAUCGCUGUUUCAGGUCAGCUUAA